AUGGACUUUCUAUCUGAGGAUGGGGAUGUCAAAGGGUUGUUUGACGAGAGGGUCCGGAUUCACAGGAGAGACGUGCUUUCGAACAUCACGAACAAGUUGGGAGAAGUGCCUGGACCCCACGGGCAGGAAUCAGGCGCCUCGGAUGCGGGGACUAGUGGAGGAAAAGAGAUUGUGGUACAGACCGUGUCCAAGGAUGUGACGGGGCCUAGAGGCGAGGGCAGAGGCAAGGUUGUUUUCAAGGACUUUAUUGGAGACUCAGGCGAGGAGGCAAGGGCUGCAAAAUUUGAGGAUGGAGAAGAUGGCAAGGCUGCCAUGCUCUCUAGGAUUCAGAAGGAAUUUGAAGAGCUGAAGGAGGCGCACAAAAAGACACUAAGGGCCCGGGGGAAGCUAAUAAGAGCAAUGGAAAAGGAGGUGUCUGAGAUGAAGCAGAAGAUGGAGUCCAGGAAGAAGGCGGAGGAAGAGAGUCUCAGAAGACAGUAUGAUGAAAAGCUUCAGAAAAGAAAGGAGAUGUAUAAAAAGAUCUGCAAGGAAAGGAUCCUUGAAUACAAAAGAAGGCUUGACGAGGCCUAUAGAGCAAAGGCCUUGGAGCUCAGGAAGAGGUGCGAAGCGCUGAAAAGGAUAAAAGAGCUGCACAAGGGGAGGCAGCCAAGGUAG